GCCCGUCCCUUCGUCUUCCCACGCGUCAUCAUUGCGCCGCCUCACGCGGCGCGCCCCUGAGUAGCCACGUCGCCCGUUCCCUUCCUUCCUUGCCUAUAUAAAGAGCUCCACCCCAUUCAUUUCUUAACUUCCUCUCGCGCGUCUCCUGAGUUUCACCGGUCAAGCCUCUCUCUCUAGCUUCCUAGCCCUCCGAGUCAAGUAAGCUCCAUACUUUCUCUCAUUAGCUUUCUUUAUUCUCCAUUUUUUCUCCCGUUAAAUGUCUUCCUCGGACAGCCAGGAUAUUUCCGCCUCGGAUGCCUACGCAUCCGAGGAAUCCCCAUCUUCUUCCUCCUCCACCGGGUCAUCUUUACCCAAUUUUGAACACCGGUCGGUUCCCAACACCACCGUUCCCGAACCGCAGCCGGUUAACCAGAUGCCCGGUCAGGUUUUUCAGGAGAGGGAUGAACCGGUUGACGAUGAGCCGGCUCCCUAUGACCCUGAUAACGAGUCAUAUGAGGGAUGGGCGAACCGGCUGGAAGCGGCCGGUUACUUUCCCCUCCCCACUAGCUACCCCUCAGACAUUUUUCCCCAUGUUUCCAAAAUUGCCCAAAACAAGAUCGACCCUUCCCUUCGCCUGUUUCUCUUCUUGUUUGAAGUCCUUCCCGGUAAGUCGGGAUGCGACGGUUAUGUCUAUUUCAAGGGCCGUAACGGCCGUCAAUUUAUCUCCGAUCUUCCACAAAGCAACCGGCAGUGGAAGGAAAAAUUUGUUUUUAUAAAAUUUCCUUCCAUUUCCCCUCUAGCCGGCAUAAAGUGGAACGAUCACCUCCUGAAACCGCAAUACACUGAGCCGGCUAGCGCUCCAGACUUGGAAGAAAGUUUGGAGAAACUUUUACAAGGGGACCCGUUCACUGGGCAAAUGUUCCACUACGGGGCCUGGAUUUGGAGGAUCUCACCGGGUGGCACGGGUACCCCCAGGGCUGAUGAAGCAGCGGGGCACAGGGUACCCGCCCCGGGCAACACUACGGAUGCUGGGGGUUCCAGUCACCCAGAUGAACUUCAGAGCAUUCAACAUCCCCACGAAGAAGACCGGCGGCUCCUCCUCUGCUGCCCCCAGAACUGUACCGGUGCAACAGGAACCGGUGGAGAUCAAUUCCGAGGAGGAAACUCCUCCGACCGGGAGGACCGGUCAGGCCGGGAGGACCACGGUAAACCCUCCCCUAGACAAGGGGAAGGGGAAGGUCCGAACCAAGCACGCCGCCACCACCCAUCCCUCGGCAAAGAGGAGGAGGGGAGAAAGCGUCCCGGCCACAGAGUCGUUAGAGGAGCUCUGGGUCAAGAUGGGGCGAAAGCUGAAAGAGUGGGUGAGGUCGGGCCUGAAACCUUGGGGAGGCUUGCCGAGGACUCCCCUUCCCGGUCACUUCAGCUGGAGGAAAAACUGAAGAGGCUUGAAGCUCAGAACCGGGAGCUUCAAGACCUGACAACCCGGCAAUUAGACGAGAUGGCCAACCUCUCGGUGGUUGCUGGUAGGGCAAACGCAGAGGUCCUCCAGCUGAAAGAGGAGAAUACGCAGUUGAUGGGGGAAGUCUCCCACCUAAAGGAGGAGGCAUGGGUGAAGGAGCAAGAGUUGCCCGGUCGGGCCAGACAAUGGAUGGAGGAGAACCUGGUGGAGGCCGCCCGGGUGCUUACUUCCUCCGAGGAAAGGACAAUGGAGGGCUUCAAGUUGGUGUACCGGGAGGAGCAAAGGAAAGAGAUGAUUACCCAGAUCGGCUCCUAUGGUUUCAUGUCUGGCCAAAAGCGAGACCGGGAGGCCACCCAUGCGAUCCUUGCCGAACGGGAUCUGGACUUCAAUGCCGAAUCAUACGGCCUGGCCCCCAUCCCGGACGAAGAGCCUGCGCCUCCCUUCCCUCUCGAGUAGACUUCCCGGCUGCGCCCGGUUGUUGUGUUUUGUAAGCCGAAAACUAUGAAUUUUCCCGGGGAUGCCCGGUGUAAUAUGUAAACAUUUAACAUUCUCGUUUUGUCGAAUGCUAUGUCUAAUUUUCUUACCGGUUUAUCUUGCAUAUUGCUUGCUUCUUGGUUGAUACUUCGUUAUUGCUUCUCAAUUGUCUUCGACCGGUACAUAAAUCACGCCACUUCUUAAUUGUCUUCGACCGGUAGAACAUCAAAGUUCUUCUUGAUCACUUUAUGUGAAGGAUCAACCCGAGUAACUUUGACCGGUCAAACUCUAGUUUUCGCUUUCCUGGCUUGUUUUGGAAU